GAGAUCUGAUGGUAUAUGUUUCCUCUGUAUUUUUGUGAAAACAUGAUCGGUUAAUAAUAAUUAAAGGAUGAAACAAAGUUACUGCAGAAGAUGUCCUACGUUAUGAUACAACUAUGAGAUGUUAAAUGACACACGUGGCAUGUUGAGUCACCGUUCGCAAGUCUAAAUCAUGACCUUCAUUUCUCUGUCCGCCAACUUUUUAUAUAGCCAAAGGUACAGCAGAAACCUCCACAAACCCCAGUUCCCAUCAUCAGCUACUUCCUUUUUUAUUUUAUUUUAUUUUUUUUUCUGAAAACUGAAAAGGGAACAAAAAGAGAAUCACCUCCUCCUCUCAAUCUCAAAAGUCAAAAGCUAAUGUGGCAUUGGGACAUUUGCUGAGCCCUUGUACUGCACAGCAAGCAUCUACAACAAAUGGGAAGAGCACCAUGUUGUGAGAAAGUGGGAUUAAAGAAAGGGAGAUGGACAGCUGAAGAAGAUGAAAUCUUGACCAGCUACAUUCUAGUCAAUGGAGAAGGCUCAUGGAGAUCACUCCCCAAGAAUGCAGGGCUGCUAAGGUGUGGUAAGAGCUGCAGACUGAGGUGGAUUAAUUACUUAAGAGCUGACUUGAAGAGAGGGAACAUCACCAAAGAAGAGGAAGAAACCAUUGUUAAGUUGCACUCAACUUUGGGUAAUAGGUGGUCUUUGAUCGCUGCACAUUUGCCAGGAAGAACAGACAACGAGAUAAAGAAUUAUUGGAACUCUCAUUUGAGAAGAAAACUUUACAGUUUCUCCAACAAUAAUUCCCUGUCCUCCUCCAUAAAUAUUGCCAAAUUAGCUGCAUUACGCAAAUCGGGAGGUGGUAGAUCUGCCACUAGAAAACACAAGCCCAACACAUGCAUGUCAGCACCCAAGCCUAAUAACAUCGAAACCCUAGCUGAAGCAGUACCUGAUCCACCCUCUCCUAAUAAUACCUCUGACGAGGGUAACCAGAGAAUGGGCUUGGUCACCGAGAGCUUUACAAGCGAGGUGGAAAACUGUAGAAGAGGCCUCGGUAAUGGUGGUGUUCAGGGUUGUUCAUGGAAAGAGAAGGACGAAACAUUUAGUGCAGUAGGAGUGACGUGCCCUAGAAAGGAAGGACAAACUGAGGACUGGGGACCACACGUAUUGCUAGACAGUGAAAUAAAUAUCCUUAAAUAUGCCCUGGAAGGUGAAGAUGUAGAUCCAAGUGGGAACCAUAUUAUUGAUACCCUUAAUAAAGAGAGAGAAAUUGGUGGCAGUGAAGAGAGAGGACAUGAAGUGAUGGGUCCAGAUAGAGUGGCAGCAAAUGAGCAGGAGAGAGCAAGCACCAGUACUGCUACUACAGCUUGGAGUUCAAAUGCAGAAACUGGCGAAUUAUAUAAUUGUGGAUCAUCCCAAUUUGAUGAGGAAUGGUAUAAUUUAAGCUUUGAUUGGGAGAGUAUAGGAGGCAUAGAUGAUACUGUAAUAAGGGAAUUAUGGGAUGAAGGGGAAAAGAUUAUGUCAUGGUUAUGGGACUAAUGACAGUUCAUGAGAAGAAUUCAUAAACAAUGGAGGUAUCUACUGCUCUGGAGUGAAGUUAUCGGCUGAAUUUAUGGCCAAUUUGUUGUAUCUGUCUCUAUUUCAUCAAAUCCAAUGAUUUGGUUUCUGAAUUGAAGAAUUUUUGAAACCGUGAUGAUGAACUUACAAGUUAGAUUUAAAUAGUAGUAUUUAUGUUUUCUGUAGAUCGAUUAAUUAAUUCAAAUUUUACUGUGUGGUUUUGAUU